AGCAGAUAGAUCUAGAUCUAGUAUCCUUAGACAAAGACUGGACAGACUGUUUUAGACGAAGGAUUCAUUAUUUCAUCUUGAUCCAAGCGUAGGCCUAAUCUAUAGUUUAAGUUUGUAGGCCAAAAAUCUAUUUUGUGUUUGGUUAGUCGAAACAUAAAGACACACAAAGAUCAGUAGGCUAGACUGAAAAUGAUAUAAUAUAGUGACCUCCACUACUGGCCUCGGGUUUGCUUUAGAAAGACCAUGUUAAGUAUUUUAUUUUGUAGGCCCUUCUAUUAAAAUGCAUGCAUGCAUCUAGGCCUACAUUAAAUCAGCAUUUCUCGAUGUUGAUAAACUUUAUAAAGUGAAGUCUCCGCCUAUAAUAAUUUAAGAUCCCACCGCUUACAAUCCCAGUUCGCUUAAGAUCCUGCUGUUUUAAGAAAACAUAAUUUUUGCUACAUACAAAAAGUCACCCCUAACAUCCCACUCUGAAGGACAAUAUUUGGCGCAUGGCUAACAUCUUGCAUUUGAGAUGAUUUAUAAUUUAUGGAACCAAAACCCGCGAAUGGGUGCAUAGCUGAUCAGCCGAGCUGUAAGAUUUGCGAUCAUCGUACUGCCCGUUGCAUCACAGAUCAUCCGCUCUCAUGAAAGUGAUCACCAGCUCCUUUGUGAAUCCCAUUGAAAAGAUAAAAGUGCUACACAAAGACUUGAGGCUGAAGUAGAACAAUCAGGAAAAACAUGGCUGCACCAGAUCCAUCCACCAUUGAAAUCAAAUAUACUAAGCUGUUCAUCAACAAUGAAUUUGUGGAUGCCAUCAGGGGCAAAACUGUCCCGAUCAUCAAUCCAGCCACCGAGAAAGUGCUCUGUGAAGUUCAAGCAGCUGAAAAGGAUGAUGUUGACCUUGCUGUGAAAGCUGCCACCGAUGCCUUCAAACUGGAUUCUCCGUGGAGGUCGAUGGAUGCGUCAAAGAGGGGCCGGCUACUCUCUAAAUUCGCUGAACUUCUUGAGAGAGAUUCAGAAUAUUUGGCGGCUGUUGAAACACUUGACAAUGGAAAGCCAUACUUUGAUGCAAAUGAUGAUGUUACAGCUACCAUUGAUGUCUUCAAAUACUAUGCUGGAUGGUGUGAUAAAAUAUGUGGCAAGACAAUCCCAACUGAUGGACCGUACUUCACGUACACACGACACGAGCCUGUGGGGGUUUGUGGACAGAUCAUUCCGUGGAACUACCCAAUCAAUAUGUUGUCAUGGAAACUGGGCCCGGCCCUGGCCUGUGGUAACACAGUUGUCCUGAAGCCCUCGGAGCUGACUCCACUGACUGCCUUGUACUGUGGACAGCUCUUCAAGGAGACUGGCCGUAAGGUGAUGACGGCAGCGGCCCAGAGUAACCUAAAGAGAGUGAGCCUGGAGCUGGGGGGGAAGAGUCCGCUCAUCAUCUUUGCUGAUUGUGACGUGGACUACGCGGCCACAUGCGCCCACGGUGCCAUCAUGUACAACCACGGGCAGAACUGUUGCGCCGGAUCGCGCACCUUCGUGCAGGAAGAGAUCUACGACAAGUUUGUGGAGAAGUCACGGGAGCUGGUGCAGAACCGUUCUGUCGGUGACCCUUUUGACCCCUUGACCCAGCAGGGACCUCUGGUGGACAGGAAGCAGUUUGACAAAGUUCUGCACUACAUGAAGCGGGGCAAGGAGGAAGGGGCAACGCUGGUCUUUGGCGGGGAGCGGGUGGGCAGCCAGGGAUUCUUUGUGCAGCCCACUGUCUUCGCUGAUGUGGAGGACAAGAUGAGCAUUGCUACCGAUGAGGGUGAACUGUUACGACAUUGUCACCUGCCAGACCCCCUUUGGAGGUUUCAAACAGUCCGGUGUUGGUCGUGAGCUCGGCGAGUACGCCCUCAAGGAGUACACGGAGGUCAAGACGGUGACCGUGCAGAUACCCCAGAAAAAUUCUUAAAUCCCGAUGGAGGUUUCUCCACUUCAACAGACGUGGAGCCAUUUCUGUUUGCGUGUGGUUUUGCAAACACGAUAAACUCUGCGCUGCUGUCGGCUGAGGAAAAGGCCUUUGUUUUCAUUUUUGCCACCAAUUUUUGACAUUUGCAAAAUCGAGAGCCUGAUCAGGAACCCUACUUGUGUGAAAAAAAAUCAAAGUGAAAUUUUGACUAGUUUAUGAAUAAAUUAGAAUUCAACUUUCGGAA